CGACAAUCUAAGAGCAGCAUCAGUUUAGAUCUGCUGGUCCUAGAUAAGGAAAACACCCCCGAAGACGGGGACAGCUUGUUUUGGGCCAUCAUUUUGCAGACAGACAACGGGCGAACGCCGAAGAAGCUGCGCCAUGACAGUUGCCAGGACAUUAAGGACAACUUUCAAGACUACGAGUUGAUUGACGGGGGUCUGUUCGAAGGAUGGGAGGAGGUGUUGGCGAAAACUGGUCGCUGGAAUAAACAUCUCCGCGACGUUGUUCUGCAUAGCACGGCCAAAGUCUUACAGCGGAACAUUGUGAUGUUCACCAGCGACAGGAAUUGUCCACUUAGGGUCAUACCAACGACCGAGGAAACACAGCAAGUGCAGGGCACUGAAACAUACGUGGCCUUGUAUUACCAGCAUGAAAAAGAACACUACGAUGCUCUGAUCCCAAGCAGUAAAGAACCCAAAGGUUUUUUUUUAAAAAAAGAAUUAAGUUAUUCAUUUUUUUUAUCCAACAUUGAACUUCCUUUUUCUUUCAUUUCAAAGUCCAUGCUAGUUUGAUAGAUUGAAUGGAAUAUGCUUAGAUACAAUUUAGUUAAAUUUGUUUUUGAAAAAUGUCUAGCCUGCAUUUAUUUUCACAAGCCACAAAUACAUAAACAUCUUAGUUAUCCUUAUGGCCUUUUAUAUAACAACGUAAUUGGAUUGAAAUAUUGCUUCCUUAGUGUUAUAAAUUUCAAUAAAACUAUUUUGUAACUCAACUUUAAGGUUGUUUGAAAAAAAUAUUUAUAUGUUUUUAAAAUAUUUUAAAAAGGUUUUCCAAAAUUAUAUUUUUUGUUAAUUAGAAAUCUUAUCAAAUUAUUAACACGGUCACUAAAAAUAUAUAUAUUUUUUUUACAUUUAUAUUUUAAAGAAAAUCGACAAGAAGGUACGGAGAUACUUUUAUUCAAACGCUUGGAACAUCUAAACUUGAAGCUUGGUGCAAGCAAACCUGUGAAAAAUGUGUUUUACGCUGCUUCUGAAUGGUUGAUUAAAUGCCCCGUUGAAGCUCCCGACAUGCUGGAAUCUGUCGUAACUUUGUACCUUAAAACUCAUGGUCUGACAGAGAACGGGAACGGAGAGCAAAGCCUGGCCGACGAUUCAGUUAAAAUCAAAGCCCUCGCGGAUUUGUUGGAGUCCACUGUUGUCUUAGUCUCAAACCAGAAAUCACGGGCCUUAAGCCUGGUCAGCCCUACCGAAAAAGCCCAGCAGAUAUUAUACAGAAGGGUGGUGUUUUGUGCUUCCUUCACACAUCCCGGAGCUGUGGAUUAUUACCCAGUGGAGCCAUCAGAAGACGCACAUUUAGGUGAAAACAUCUGGAGAAGAGGCAAGCGUAAGUCCAUUCUUAUCAUUAUUGCGGAAUCGUUAUAUUUGAAUAUAAUUGGUAUUGCAUUGCUCUGCAAGUAUUUUAACGAUUCCAAUAAAAAAAAUUUAAAAAAUAAAACAAUAGGAUUCCUGACGGAACAAAAUAUUUUUUUUUCAAGAAAAUAUCCACUUAUACUCAGCUCGCCUGAUCAAAUGUUUGCCAAAUUUGCGGCAAAUCUCUUUUUAAACGUAAAACAAAAUACUGCGUUCAAAGAGAAUUGAAAUGCAAAUUUGAUAGUGUGAGCUGAGCAUUAUUGCAUUUGUCCAAGUGUUUAUACUUUAAAUUAUUGUAAACAAAAUUGUAAUAUUUAUGGAAAAAGUCCGUUUUAUGUAAUUUAAUUGCAGAAAUGUUAAUGUUCUAACAUAUAUAUAUAUUUAUAUAUAUAUAUAUAUAUAUAUAUAUAUAUAUAUAUAUAUUUAAAGAUACACCAGGCCUUUUGGAAACGAGGCUCAAGCGCAUGGGGCUUGAGAAGUGGAACCACUCUGGCACAGAUAUGUUUACAGCCAUAGCAGACCAGGCCCCAAAGACAACAACUGACAACCUAAAACAAGCAGUUGUCCAAGAAUUAACCAGCGAUCAUGAAAGAUAUCAGUCGAAAUCCUUCUGCGACGAGGAAGACUGGAACAAAUGCAAGGGCCUUUUUCUCUCAGAUCUCACCAUCAGCGAUGCGUUUGUCGACACCGUCGCACGGGUCACAGCGACGGUCCUGGAGACGAACAUUUUGAUUGUGCUCAGCAGUCCAUCCUGUCCGUUUUACUUGGUCUCACCGCUGACAAAACCGACUAACAAACUUCUGUAUCUGGGAAAGAUGCAGCACGGUCAGACGGGAAUCUACUUUCCGCUUUCACUAAUCAGCUCAGGUGCGUUUUACAUAGCCUAGCAUAUCAAAGUGAGGAAAAUGGUAGGCACAAAAUAUUCACGGUUGCUAAAUGAUUCGUUUAAAAAAAAAUUUAUACGUAGGAUAAAAAAAGGUAAAUCAUUCAUAAUACUUAUGUAAGUUUGUUGUUUUUAAAUGAUGAGUAAAUUUUGCCUAUAAAGAAAGUAGCAUGAAUUAAAACAAUGAAGUAAACUUCUCGUUAGUAAGGGUAGAUGGAAUUGUAUGGAAUUUUGGAUAUGGUUGUUUGUGAGUGACAAUGAGAUUGGAUUGAACAGUGCAUACGUGUUGAUAAAAGAGAUUGUGGACAAAGAAAAGUUUAGGCUUCCAGGAGAAAGGGAGUUUAGGGGUGAGCAUAUUUGGCUAUAUUGAACCAAAAAUUUUGUUUACCACACUCAUUCACAGGACGCAACUGUGUUUACAAAAUAUAAUUCCAUUUAUUGCUAAUUUAAAAAAAAAAUCGUAUAUAUAUUUAUUUGUCCAAAAAUACUUAAUCAAUUUAUUUUUUAUAUAAAACUUACGGUAUAAAAGAUUAAUAUUAAAAAACAAAUAUUUGCAGGUGCAAAUAAAAGACAUGAUAAGCUUCGUCGCAGUGGUAAAUACUUUUUAGCAUAUAUGGAUAUUUUUCUUUGCUAAAAAAUGUAAUAAAAUCUUUAAAACUCUUAUAUAUACACAAAUACUAGUUCUUAUAUUUUAUCAAUAUAUAUAUAUAUAUAUAUAUAUAUAUUUAUUUAUUAUUAGAGUUAUUUUUAAGAGAAAACUGUUUCUUUUAUUGAAGAGCGGAGCAGCCACUCAUCAGGAUCUGAAGACAGCGUUCAGCAGAUUUUCCAUAAGCCAGUAAACGGGAACAGCAGGAAGUCCUCGAGAUCUUCAAACCAUACUCUCGACGCAAACAGGUUGCGUCAAAAAGUAUGUGCCCACUUUGAAAAACACGCGAUUACUUACCAGAAGAAAUAUGGUUUGUCGGGCAAAGACUGGUACAAGGAGCUGGAGACCUUAUCGAAGCCAGGUUGCUGGGAUGUCAGUCUGGCAGAUUUUGUUCCCGAGGCCUUGGCAACAGUUAUCGGCAGACGCGUUGUAAUUUUGUUCGAAGAUCAGACAAUGGAACAACAGGAAUUUAAUCCCGACGGUCCUGUGACGCAAGACACACCCAUUUAUUUGGUACGCCAGCCCGACCACUUUCACGCAGCUGUUGAGGCCGUUGCAGACGAUGCACAAAAUAUUGGUAAGUUUCUUAUGAAACAUUCUUCCUUGUUCCAGGUACAUGACACUGUACUAUAACCUGCCACGUCUAAAGUGUUCUUUUCAUAAAAAGCAAUUAAUAUUGCUAAAAAAACAACAAAACUGCAUUCGCUUGAAGAACUAGUAGAAGUAUAAUGCAUUAUUAAAACUGAAAACGUAUUUGGAAGAUACCCCCCCCCCCCUCAUUACAGAUAACCAAAAUCUGCUCGAUUAGAUCGAAUUCUUUCCCUUAAAGUUAGGAGCGAAAGAUAAAUCUAUCAGAAGUUACGUUCAUGCUCCUCGAGUGAUACACACUCUAAAUAAUCACUAAGUCAAUAUUAUCAAAGGAGUCAGAUCCCAGGAAAAUUAACGUCAUUUUUGCGCUGAAAGAUCACUUCAAAUGUUUUAUGUUUAAAUUGUUCUUUUAUUUAUAUUGAAAACAAUGUAUACAUUUUCCAAUGUCCAUUUUAUUUACAAGAAAAUUUAAUAAUUCUGAACAUUUUUGUAAUUGUUUUUUUUUCUUUUUUAAUAUUACUCCUCCAAGAUGACCAAGAUAUGCAGAGUGAUAGAGAGCUGAGGAUCAUGCUUGCUGAAAAAGAUCUUACAUUAGUUCCUAUCCAACGAGAUGGAAAUUGCAUGUUUGAAGCUGUUGCUGUACAACUCUAACUUUUGGAAUAGUUUAAUCUCAUUUAUGAACAACCUUUAUACAAUUUUAUAAUUUGACAAUUCAAUUACAUUUGAGCUAAUUUCAUAUCCCUUAUAUAAAAUAUAUACCGUGU